GUGACGUGGGUACUGUACGGCCUCCACUCAGGCACCAAAGACGACCGAACUUAACCGUCUCUCCCGUCUGUCCAGCCAACACGGGCGGUUCUUAGACCCACAAGUAUUCGCCAUUUUUCUUGAUUCCAUUUAUUUCCAAGGCACAAGAAAUCAUCAAAACUUCAAUCUAGCGAGGAGGUUGGUGCCGGUAUUUUUUAAAAGGACCUACAGAGGAGGAACAAUGAUGAAGCUGGUUUGUCUAGUCGUGGCGAUACUGUGUGUGUUGGAGACGGUGGGACAGCAAAUAGCGCAGAAACCACCCCCGGCUAUCCCACCACCUGAUAAAACCUGCUGUGGAGGUAUAUACAACGGUGCAGCGGGCGGAGCCCCUGUACACAUGCCAACCAACUGCCAGGACAUCCGGGAACUCGGCGGUGGCCGCGAUGGCGUGUACACCAUCUUCCCAGCGUUCUCUGACUUGUGUCGGCCAGUAAGAGUCUUCUGUGAUCAGUCGAUCCAAGGUGGUGGCUGGACGGUGAUCCAAAGACGAAUGGACGGCCGACUGAAUUUCAACCGUGACUGGGCAUCUUAUCGGGACGGUUUCGGCUACAACUCAGGCGAACUUUGGCUAGGCAACGAGGUGAUCCACGCCAUAUCGGCGCAAGCUCGCUACGAGCUUCUGGUUGUGCUGGAGGAUUGGCAAUUCACUACCGUCGAGUCACACUACCGUAACUUCUACGUGGGUAGCGAGGCCACCAACUACACGCUGCGGGUGGCUGGGUUCACUGGAGGGCCUGCAGGUGACGCUCUAUCCGCCCAUAACGGCAACCAGUUCUCAACCUAUGACCGAGACAACGAUCGCUGGGCGGGAAACUGUGCUGUGGAGUACACGGGGGCGUGGUGGUACUCGACCUGUCAUAAUUCCAACCUCAACGGCCAGUACCUGCGUGGCAUCGUGGGAGCUGGACAGAACGCCAAGGGUGUAGUCUGGUUUACUUUCCACGGCUACGGCUACUCUCUCAAGACGUCUAUCAUGAUGAUACGACCAAGAUUCUGAGCAACUCUUAUUGCAUACAUUUGGCGUGUAUCAUUGGGGCGUUGGGUUUAGACACUUGGCACGACAGCCAUCUCCGUCUGGAGUCCCGUCUCCAUACAUGGCUGAGUUUUGCAGCUUGAUGCGAGAGAUUGAGAUGAAUGUCGUGCACAUAUGAAACGCCUUGCCAUACGUUCGUAUUUUUCAAAAGUUAGCUUCGAGGCAAGCACUUACAAUUAUCAGGUCGGUUAUGAGAUAUUAUCAGAAGUAUUAUUAAUGUUAUAUUCUCCAAAAUAGUAUCGUUAAUAACCAAUGCAAAUGUAGACAUUUACAAGACAUUAGCAAACAUUACAAAUUUUACGGCAAAGCUAGCUUGAGUCACUCUCUCAAUGUAACAUCAGUCUCAGAUAAUGAAAGAUGAAUAAUUAGAAUUCAUUCAUUUCCUUAGGUACAAUUAAGUUUGAUUUAUUCCUAGAGCUGUGGACAAAUGUCAAGAUGUAGAGAUUAUGACCCGCCAACUUUAAAGUAAAAAAGAUCACUUUUCGGAGACAUUGAGGAAGUUAAAUUACUUGGUUUUCGAUUGUAGUCUUGUUGAUGUGUUUGUUGUACAUUGACAAUGACUGUAUCUUAACUGUGAUAUCGUACAUCAUCCCCUUGAAGCAGGCACUCUUCGACCUCUUCGAGACAUCUGAUGUAUUCGAAGAAUCUGGGUCUUUCAUCUUGACUAAUGCGUAAUUUGAUGUGCUCCUCUAUGCUGUGACUAAAGUCUCAACGGACUUUCCUUCUCUUAAAGUAGCGUGGAUUAGAUCUCCAUCCAGCACGGUGACUUGCAAUUGUGUGAUAACAAAUGUUAAUUUUUUUGAUAGUUUCUCAACAAACGUCACGGAUUAAAAGCAAUUAUUCCUUUGA